GAUAGGUGAGCAAAAGUUGACCUCGAUAAACUGAUCCUGCAGAGCUUGGAAAAUGUUUGGAUUUUGUGUUUGUUUGGGCGUUUUCUCGUAUAUCUAAUAACGUACAAAUAACUAGAACAGAGUGUUUUAAUAUUGCGUAAUCCAAAGGAGGACCCCCUGCACCUUAUGUCUUUUUGAUAUUCGAAAGGGAAAUAUAAAGUCUCAUGCACUGGUUCAAUCAUUCAGUGUGAAAGUGUGACACUUUCAAUACCUGGAUUCUUAUUUUGAAAAGUGCAGUCAACCAAUCUGCACGAUGAAGAAUGACGACAGAGAUCAUAAGAGACAGUGCAAUAAGGAAUUAGCAUCAACAAAAGCACCAUUCAAAAAGGCAAAAUAUGCCUGGCAAAUAAAAAGGACAUCUUCAGAAAGUACCUCCAUGUGUGAAACUAAUGAUGUCAUGAAUGUUGAUGAUACAAUACAGAAAGCCAACCAUGACAAUGUUUUAAGUGAUCCUGCCAGCAGAAGGUCAGACAUGUUGGCAAAUCCCCAUCCUGCAAUACUGACUGCUACCUCAUCUGAAAAAAAUAUGCAGUUAUCAGAAGAAAACUGCAGAGAACAUAAUGACUCGAUUAAACAGAAAACAAACAUAAACUGUCAGCCAGAUGAAUCCAAGGCAGAGUGCAAAAAUUCUGAGUGUCUGAGUUUUAUUGAAGAUUCCAUAUCCAACAGCAUUUGUAAUGACCUAAAGCAAACGAUUGAUAAGGCAGAUGGAAGAAAGUUAGAUACACAGGAACCAACUGUAGAAAUUAUUGGAAGUUGCACAACAGAGACCCAGGUUAUAGAAAUACAAGAUCUCCAUUCACUACCCCCAACAUCUUCAAAUGUAUUGGAAGAUUGCAGAAUUAUAGAGAGAGUGUUAUUACGCAAAUGGCAAAACAUGCACUGCAGUAAAGCACUGAUUGAAAAUGCUAUUAAUAAGUCACUUGAAGAGAUGGGUGCAACUCCUGAGUCAAGUCAUGAUGAACAACAUGCUGAAGAAGCAGGUAUUCUAACUGCUAUUCAAAGACAAGGACUGACAACAGCCAGGCCUGCAUUAACUGCAGAACAACGUCAGAGAAUUAUGCCCAUGUUGGAUAGCCUUACACAGGCUACUGAAAACAUACUGACCAACAGAGCAUAUGCUUACUCUGCACUGAAUGAUGAGCAGAAUAUUUCGUAUUCCACAAGUUGGCAUACAGAGACAGCAGCUGGUGUUGGGGAUACUGAUGAUACUUCAUCGGUGGAAGAAUCUCACUUCAUGGGCCAUGUGCAAAGUGGCAAUGGUAGUAGAAGUGACUGUGACACAAACUCUGUACAAAAUGCUGGUACCGAAGCUGUGGAAAGCAUAAGCUCUGAAGAGGAAGAUUCUCAAAAUUUGAAUUUGGUUUCUAGUGUACCUUUUCAAACACAUUACAGCUGUGAGGAUGAUGUUUGCUUGAAUAUUGUGCAAGGGGAAGAAGUUCCACAAUCUCCUAGUCAUUUUAUGGAUGCUGCAGUUCUCAUGGCAAUUGACCAGCAAGGCCUGACAUUACAGAACUAUAGUGAUGAUAAUUAUCAGUAGGAUUAUUGGCAGCAGUUUUAUCUGUAAAGUGUUCAGUCACUUACUGUUUCUACUUUUUGAAAUGGUUAGCACAUGCGAGAAGGGUGUACAUUGGAACUGUAAUGACCUAUAUCUGGAACUUUUACAGGCGAAAGUAACAAAAAUAUUGUCUUUGAAUUAAAGACUGGGUUUCCAUACCUAGAUUGAUCUAACAUAAUUGACCCAUC